CCGCGAUUUCCUGUCUCUUCCUCCUCCCGGAUUUUGGGAUCAGGCAUGGCGGCCUUCUUGGCUCAGGAAAGUAGCGUGGAUGGCGUUGGAGCUCCGAUUUGCACCGGCGUCUUCCUGUUUGGAUGUGAGUUGAACAGCCAUGCCCGAUCCUACACUUUUAAAGUCUCUGAAGAGGAUGACUCUGAUCAUACCCUGGCUUUGAAUACGGUUUGCCUGUCAGAAGGUGCCAAAGAUGAAUGCAACAUUGUGGAAGUUGUGGGUCGCAACUAUCACAAUCAAGAGAUCGCUGUGCCAGUGGCCAAUCUGAAGUUGUCAUGCCAACCCUGGCUGAGUUUGAAUGACUUCCAGCUUCAGCCUCCGGUGACCUUCCGCCUACGCUCAGGAUCUGGUCCAGUUCACCUUGCAGGACUGCACCAGAUCUUUCAUAGACAGGAUAUCUUAGAAGAUGGAUUCAGUGAAGAGGAUGAGGAGUUUAUUGAGGAAGAAGAGUUGAGUGAGGAAGAAGAGCUGUCCCCUGUCAAGCCAGCCAAGAAGAAGCAAAGGAAGUCUUAGCCUGGCUCCUCCAAAGAACCUACAGCUGAUAAAGAAGUGACCCUUGCUACCAUCUCCGUGAGAAAAGCUUUUUGAAGAGUUAAAAGAGGCUUGAAAAAACAUGUCAGAGAUGUCUUCCCUUUUCUUCCCAGGAAAAUGAGUUGCUGCUGUGCCUUUUGUACGUGGAAAGGUGCCCACUCAUACAGUGACUGCUCUUACUAAGUAUGGUGGGUUAAGUUACUCUAGAUCUUUCCCACUUUCCCUUGGAGAUACGGAUAAUGCUACUGGGCUUCCUCCCACUGAGUCUGAAUCAGUACAUGGUCAAGAUGUAUUCCUUCCUCCAUCAACAUGAAGAUGCCAGCAGGAUUCACUAUUUGAAAAACAAUAGUAUUCUAAUUUUUUUAAUUUUAAACAUCCUUUAUAUAUGUGGUUGUGUUUUUUUCCCCUCCCAAUUUAAGGAUUGUUUGACGUGUACUGGUGGAAGUGAAUACAGGCUGUUUCUCUCUCCUAGGUACAAUUCUCCUUUUUAAGUGUCUUCAUUAAAAGUUUCUGGUGCCACCCUUUUUUAUUAAGGUGCCUUACUUUUUAGAAUAAAAAUGUUUUGUGA